AUGACCUACGCGCCGCAAACAGGCUUAGACGAGGAGGUUAAGAGGUGCUUCUGGGAGGUGCUGGAUAAGGUGGUGCAGGGUAUUCUGCCUACGGAAAAGCUAUUUAUAGGAGGGGAUUUCAAUGGUCAUAUUGGGUCAUCUGCUGGUGGCUAUGGUGAGGUACACGGUGGCUUCGGCUUUAGUGAUAGGAACGGGGGUGGUACCUCACUGUUGGAUUUCGCUAGAGCUUUUGAGUUGGUGAUCGUGAACUCUAUGUUUCCGAAGAGGGAGGAACAUUUGGUUACUUUCCGAAUUAUGGUUGUUAGGACUCAAAUUGACUACCUCAUCCUUAGGAGGUAUGAUAGGGGGUUGUGUGAGGAUUGCAAGAUGAUCCCGAGUGAUAACCUCGCAACUCAACAUAGGCUCUUAGUGAUGGACGUCGGUAUCUUGAUGAAGAGGAAGAAGAGGUUUAUACGGGGUCAGUUGAGGAUCAGGUGGGGAGCUUUGUCUAAGGAUAAUGCGCAGGAGUUGGAGGGGCGGCUGCUGAAUAUGGGUGCCUAG